CGUCGCGGUCGACUCACGGUCGUUGUCGUAAUACAUUUGCUCUUCUGCUCGUGAAGAAGAGAAGAGAAGAGAAGAGACCGAAAAAGGUUAAAAACUCUUAAAAUAUAAUAUUGUAUUGUAACUCGGCGGAACUUCACAAUUUCAACGGAGGCGGAGGAUCGGAAUUAAUGGUUUGGUUUCGAUUUGAUUGAUUAAUGCCUCCAUGGGAAUUCUCUCCGCCUUGUGCGGUUGCUUCAACACCACUCUAAGAUUCGGCCGCCCUGGUCGUGGCGGUGGCGGAGACGAGGACGACGGCGGAGAGUCGAGCGGGUUCUUCUUCGAACUGCAGACUCUGCAAAUUGCUACCAACUUUUUCUCCGAGAUGAACAAGCUCGGUCACGGUGGGUUUGGUCCCGUCUACAGGGGAUUUAUGCCAAAUGGUCAAGAAGUGGCUGUGAAGAAGCUAUCAAUGAAUUCGAGACAGGGCCUGAGAGAAUUCACCAAUGAGGUGCGACUAUUAUUGAAAAUUCAGCACAAGAACUUGGUCACAUUAUUGGGGUGCUGUGCAGAUGGACCUGAGAAGAUGCUUAUCUAUGAAUAUCUUCCCAACAAGAGUCUCGAUUAUGUCCUUUUUGAUAAAAGGAAGUCUUUGUCCUUGGAUUGGUUCAAACGAUUUCGAAUGGUGACAGGCAUUGCCAGAGGACUUCUCUACCUACACGAAGAAGCUCCUGAAAGGAUUAUCCAUAGAGACAUUAAAGCUAGUAAUAUUUUGCUAGAUGAAGAGUUAAACCCAAGGAUCUCAGAUUUUGGCUUGGCUAGGCUUUUCCCUGGGGAUGAGACUCACGCACAAACAUCUAGGAUUUCCGGUACUCAUGGUUAUAUGGCUCCUGAAUAUGCAAUGCAUGGAUAUUUGUCAGUGAAGGCAGAUGUAUUCAGUUUUGGAAUUUUGGUGUUGGAGAUUGUGAGUGGAAGAAAGAACCAUGAUAGGGCACUUGGUGGAGAAAAGACUGAGCUCUUAAGCUAUACAUGGACGCUCUUUCAAGAAGGAAAGGCACUGGAAUUAGUGGACCCAAGUCUUGCCGAGUGUAAUCCCGAGGAGGCAACAAUGUGCAUUCAGAUAGGGUUGUUAUGUUGUCAAGCAAUCGUUGCAGCUAGGCCUAAUAUGAGAUCAAUCCAUCUUAUGUUGUCAAGUGAUUCAUUUACUUUGCCUAGACCUGGAAAACCUGGAAUUCAAGGCCGCAGAGGUCGUUGGACUACCACCGCCAGCACCAGCACCAACACCACUUCUGCUCUUACUAACAACACUAAUAACGCUACUAGUUCCGAUACCACCAGCACCAACACCACUUCUGCUCUUACUAACAACACUAAUAACGCUACUAGUUCCGAUACCGGCACUACCAACACCAAGGUUUCGGUGGGUAGUAGUAGUUUUGUUGAGGAUUAUUCUAGAAAUUCCCUCUCUUAUUCUUCUAUUAACGAAGGAAGGUAGAUGACCUCCAUAUAUAUUUUGUGAAGUUUAAUUAUUAUUAUUUUUACUUUUUAUAAUUCAUUUUGUACAGGGUUCUCAAUUGAUGUAAGGGUAAUAUUUUUAUCCCCUAAUAUUCAUUGUAGUUUUUAAUUGAUCAAAGAAAGAAGCCUCCAAUUCCCAAA